AUGCCGUUACUUGAAAUUAUUGGUGUUACAUCUACAGAAAUGACAUUUUGUGUUGGAUUUGCGUAUCUACAGUCUGAGCGUGUUGAUAAUUUUACAUGGGCACUACAAAUGUUGAAAGAACAGAUUACAGGUGGUGAAGUUGAAGUAAUUGUUACUGAUAGAGAUCUUGCUUUAAUGAACGCUGUUGAAUGUGUUUUUCCAAAGGCAGUCAAUUUAUUAUGUCUGUUUCAUGUAUGCAAAAAUGUGAAAGCAAAGUGCAAGAUGACUGUUUUUCCAAAAAAGAAGCAGGUGCAAAUAAUGGAGGCAUGGGAGGCUCUUGUUUACAGUUAUGAUGAGACUCAGUACUACAUGAAUUUGGCUAACUUUGAAGGAAUUUGUAGUAGCUCUUCUAUCUUUAAUGAUUAUAGCAUAAUUCAGAAGGUCCAUCAACAUAUUAACAGAUUGUAUGCCAAUUUGCGUGGUGUUGUGUCAAAAAAUGCAAUAGACCACAUUGCUGCAGAGUUUGAUCGCGUGAAGUAUGUAGGUAUAGAUAAGUCUGAAUGUCGCUGCACAAUUAGGAGAACACAUGGUCUACCUUGUGCAUGUGAGAUAGCCAGGUAUAGUAUGAUCCCCCGUUCUAUUCCAUUAGAUGUUAUUCAUGUUUGGUGGACUAAAUUAACUUUUCAUGAUGAUGGAUCGGGUAAACCUUCAGAAUUAUCUGUGAAACAUGAAAUAGAAGUGAUAGUGAAAAAGUUUGAUGAACUUGAUGUACCUGGAAAAAUUGCACUGAAAGGUAAAUUACGUGAGAUUGUGUAUCCAUCGACUACGUCGAUGUGUCCACCUGUUGACAAGGUUAAAACAAAGGGUGCACCGAAAAAAGGCAAAAGUAAGAUAUCAAAAAGAGAUAAAUCAACCAAGCGUGAUCCAUCUUGGUGGGAAUAUGUGGAUGCAAGUGUUCGAUGCAGUGGCACAAAAGCAUGUAGUACUGUAACUUCUAAUAAAGUACAACAACCUCGACCAUCAGUAACAAAGCUCACACCUCGACCAUCAGUCAGCAAAGUUCAACAACCGAGAGUUCUUAUCUUCAAGGAAUGGUUGCCGGUUGAAAUUCACAAAUUCAUAGAUGACAUUAUUGACGUGGGUGAGGAUGGUAAUUGUGGAUAUCGUGCAGUUGCAGCUUUACUUGGAAUGGGUGAGAACUUUUGGGCAUUCAUUCGUCAAGAGUGUGUGGUAGAGCUUCAAGAAGUCAUGUCUCAUUACGAGAUAAUAUAUGGUGGACAAAUUUUUGUUCAACAACUUAUACGCAAUGUAUAUGUUGAACAUGUUGCAACUUUGGAUAAUUGGAUGACACUUCCAGAAAUGGGAUAUGUGAUUGCUUCGAAAUUUAACUUGGUUUUCGUCGCAUUAUCACUUAACCAAUCAGAAACAUUUUUUCCACUUAGAAGUCCACCACCAACACCUAUUUCAGAUCAUCGUAUGAUAAUUAUUGCAUUUGUUAAUAACUGUCACUUUGUGCAGGUAUUUAAUUUUUCACUUAGAUAG